UCCGGAUUUUAAGAGUCAUUUCCGCUUCAUCAUGUGACCUUUGUAUCGUCUUGUUUAUACCUGCCGAAAAGGAUUCUUUGGCUUCAGUUGAAAAGACCCAAGCAUGGUUGCCACUGGUCUGCUUAUCCUGACACAGCCUCUCACAGUCCUGCGAGGACAGAUCCCUUCACUACUCCAGCGUGUGUCCCAAGUUGUGUCCGAUACACUCUAUGUUCAUCUCCAACCAUUCAAAACAACCAACUCUGGCACCAAGUUCCUUAUUUCUCCAGUCCCUGUUACUUCGGAGGUGAGGAAAGUUGUAAGGGACAUCUAUUCUGUUGGUGCCACCGUCUGCCGCCAAUUAGACAUCCGGGUCUUGCUGAGUCAUAUCACUAACCAGGAUGUGAAGCUAGCAACAUAUGCUUUACACAAGGGAUACAGCUUAGUAAUCCUCGACAACAAUCCAACAUCAAAUGAGUUAUCUAAAGACAGAGGAUUCCUUUUGGAACAAGUCAAGUCGUUAUUUUUGACAGAUGCAGAUGUCGACUGCCAUAUACUUGACCCCCAAACUAGUCCUACUUCCAGUUCUGGUCUCUCAGAUGAGGAUCCUGUUCUUACAACAUAUAAGAAUGUUGUAUUGGGGGGAACAUUUGACAGACUGCACGUUGGUCACAAGAUUCUGCUGAGUGAAGGAUGCAUUUUUGCAAACAAGAAGCUUACCAUCGGCAUCUCUGAUGGUAAGAUGAAUGACAAGAAAGUUGUUGGAGAGCUUAUGGAACCCCUGUCUGUCCGAACUGCAGCAGUUGAGGAAUUCAUAAAGGACGUAAAACCGACAAUUGUGCCAGAUGCUGUGACCAUUUAUGAUGUCUAUGGACCAACCAUUACAGAACCUGACUUUCAGUGCAUUGUUUUGAGUGAUGAGACCCAGAAGGGUGGUGCUAUAGUCAAUACAGAGCGAGAGAAGCGAGGGAUGAACAGACUUGGACAGGUAGUGAUUGAUCUGGUGGCUGACAACACCCACACCCCUGAUGAAGAUGAUAAAAUCAGCUCUUCUUCGCUUAGGAAACGUCUUCUUGGGACUCUACUGAAACCUGUUGUCAACUCCAACUUGCCUAAAUCACCAUACAGGAUUGGUUUGACUGGGGGUACAGCCAGUGGGAAGUCCUCCAUCUGUAGAAGACUUGAAGGAUUAGGUGCAGGAGUUGUGGACUGUGAUAAACUUGGACAUGAAGCUUAUAAACCGGGGACACCUGCCUAUGAUAAAAUCAAGCAGACAUUUGGGGAAGGUAUUGUCGGUUCAGAUGGUGAGAUCAAUCGGAAGAAGCUGGGUGGCAUAGUGUUUUCAGAUCGGAGUAAACUUGAUGAACUGAACAAAAUUGUUUGGCCAGAAAUUAUGAAGCUGGCUGAGGCAGAAAUUAGCAAGUUUGAGAAGAGUGGUAAGGAGGUUGUUAUUUUGGAUGCUGCAGUGUUGCUGGAGGCAGGAUGGGACAGUAGUGUCCAUGAAGUGUGGUCAACAUUUGUACCACGUGCAGAGGCGACCAAGCGUUUGAUGGAGCGGAACAGCUUGUCAGAAGAAGAAGCAGUGAAGAGAUUGGAUGCACAGCUGACUAAUCAGGAGCGACUUGCACAUGCUAAUGUAACCUUGUGCACACUGUGGGAGUAUGACCAAACACAGAGACAGUGUGAGAAGGCAUGGAAGCUGCUACAAGAAAGAAUCAACAAAGGAGCCAAGCUUUAGGAGAUUACACAGACAUGAUUGAAAUAGUUUUACAAGCCAAUUACGAAAUUGAAAUCCAGAAUAUUUUACAUGUUUACCAAGUUAUAUAGAGACACAGUUUCUGGUUUACAAUCAAAACAGACAAUUCUAAGAGUGAAACUUGUGACGACAGUGAUAACCCAGAAGCUAUAUAAAAAUAUUAGCGCAGUGGGCUUGCUUUUAUUGCUUUGCUGUCGUUGAUUGCACCAUAGUUUAUAUAUGGACCUUUGAAGACACUGCGUCAUCAUAAGGGGUGUUAUUAACUGAUCAGAUUUUAAAAGUUUUACAUAAUCUUUCAAAUUUCAUUUACUUUUAAUCACUGUUAAUCAGAUGUUUCUAUUUCUGACCUGGAAGCACUUCUUAACUGUGGUAGCCCAGUAAUGGUGUAACUAUACGGCAUAAUAAUAUUGUAUCACGAUGCAUACGAUUCAUUACAAAUUAUAUUGAACUGUGAAAAUAGCAGAAACUGUUCAAGAACUAGUUUAUGGAGAUUCUGUAGUAAUUCCUGGUUGGCACAGAUAACAAGAUCUGCACAGUGGCCCCAAGAUAUCAUGGUUCUCCUUCACAAUAUCCAAUCUUUUGUCAUCGAAAAUUUGUAAACAAAUGAUUCAGGGUCAUGAUCAUAUUGAUUCACCGGCAACAUGGGAGAUAAUGUGAGCUUAUCAAAUAAAUACUGUAUAGGCAUGUGAACCGUAUUUCACCCAUGUAAUUGGGAUAUAUAUAUAUAGUAUCACAGUGUCACUGUAUUGUUACACCUCAAUAGCCCAGGUGUAAACUGAUGUAAUGGAAUACAUCACUGCCAGUAUGUUUCCAAGAGUCUUUCUCUUUUAAGUGUUAAUGGGUUGCAUGUUUUUUGUUGUUUUUAAGAGACUGCAUUUUGAGGUUUGAGUGUGUAUAUGAGAAGGGAAUAGGGUAAAGUAUUUAAUCAGAGAAGUGCCCUAAGUGUAAUAAACUGUUAUUUGUUUGCUCACCCCAUGUUGACACGUUACUUUAGGUCACAGGCUAGGUUCAUCAGCUCUGGUACUUGGCGCCACUUUUAGGAGUCGUCUUGGAGCUGAGGGUCUUCUCCUUCCAACACUCCUGAAAACAUAUCUUCCAUUCAGGUCUUAGCUGUGCUUGCAUUCACAAGAGGCAUUUUAUUAUUUCAGGCUAAUGAAUAAGAGAUCCUGUGCUAUGAGAGAUUUUGGCGAUUGGGUCCAGAGUGUUUAUUAUACAUGUUAUAUUUGAAUGGAGGUGUAAUGCCCACCAGAUCAUGAAUGCAAGAUGGCUGGAAAACAAGAUUUUUGUUGAAAGUGGAAUAUUCUGUUAGUUACUGUUUGACUUUUAAAAUUAUCAUUGAAGGAUGUUUGUUGUUCCUGCUAAUUGUUACAGAUAUUUUAUUGAUGAAGAUAUCUGGAUACUGCAUACAUGUAUGAGAGUGAACUAAGGGAGACAAACCAAGUAAAAGGUUUGCAGUCCUGGUGUCAAGCAGUUAUUCAUCUUGCUUGACAUGUAUGUAAAACUUGGCGUGUAUGUCUUACAACAGAUUAUUAAAACAUAAUCCAGAGUGUGGAUGGUGGGUCACAUGAAAUAUUCUGUCUGAUGUUCCUUUCUUCCUCAUAUAUUGUAAGGGACAUGGAUGUCCUAGUUCCCAGUCGUCUUAGGCACCUCAAGUUGCCGACAGAAUUGCAUCCCUUGUGCUCCCCUAAAACCCGGGAUCAUAGGCUGAAUUGUGGGUUCAUCCAGUGUCUCUAGGCAUUAUAUAUACCUGUGCUUAUGGGUGUCACCAAAACUGGGAAUGCCUUCAUCGUAUCAUGAAUUGGGAAAGUACCAGAUUUUGAUCGUUUGAUCUGAGUUGUCAGUCACAUUCUAACAUGACAUUGAAGAAUCCUAUUGAUACCUCUAACUUGAACCAUUCCACACAAAUACUGAGGUUAUGAAUAAGACAUUUCCUGGACAUU